AGUAAGUUCCACCGCAGUUAGAGUUCCGGGUGCUUCGCGUGAGAGGCGGAGCUCGACAGUUCCGUCUACUUCAGCCGCAGCGUCUCCCUGCCUGUCUCGUUGCAUUCUCCAGAGAGGGGACGGACCUCCGCUUCCUCUUUCAGAAAAAUGUCUGCUCCAGCUCAGCCGCCCGCUGAAGGAACAGAAGGGGCUGCCCCAGGUGGGGGUCCUCCUGGUCCUCCUCCUAAUAUGACCAGUAACAGACGGUUACAGCAAACCCAGGCACAAGUGGAGGAGGUGGUGGACAUCAUGCGUGUGAAUGUGGACAAGGUCCUGGAGAGGGACCAGAAGUUGUCGGAGCUGGAUGACCGGGCUGACGCCUUGCAGGCUGGAGCGUCACAAUUUGAGAGCAGUGCUGCCAAGCUAAAAAGGAAGUACUGGUGGAAAAACUGCAAGAUGAUGAUCAUGUUGGGAGCCAUCUGUGCCAUCAUCGUGGUAGUGAUUGUAAUCUACUUUUUUACUUGAGAAUGUGCCAUCCCUUCCCUGGUCUCCAUCGCCACCCAAGCUCAUGUCUCUACCCCUCUGUUUGCUCCCUCAACAAACUCCUCCAUCCUCUGUUCUCUAUCCUGGCCCAGGCUUCUCCACGACCCUUCCUUUUUUGUUGCAUUCAUUUGCACCCUUCCUCAAAACUAGAAAUGCUGCUCAUGGUCCAGUCCUGAAGUCACUACCUGAAGAGAACGGCUGGCCCCUCCUCCUUACCCAUUUAUCGUGUGCCUGGAGCUUAAAAGAGUUGUGGCCAAGGGAAGGAGGGGGUCGGGAAUGGCAGAGGUGAAGUGUCUGAGGAGUUAGCAUGGCUGAGGGGAGGGGAAGGGAUUUGUGUCCAUGGUCUCCAAGAAAGGCUGGCCUCUGGCAGGAGGGGAGCAAGCAUAGUUGGGAAGUAGUAGCUUGCUACCAGUGCAUAUGUAUAUGCAUAUAUAUAUAUAUGGAACUGCUGUCCUUAUUUGAAACUUUCCUCCCAUACCAGGCCUGUCUUUGGUCCCAGAGGUCUGUUUAAAGACCAACUUCGAAUCCCUUUUAGAAAAAGUCAAACUUGUAUUUUGUAGCUACUGUUUAUCUGUCAGUACAGGAUUUUCUGUGUCUUUGGGGAACUUUACAGCCUUUCACUUGCUUAGUUCUCUGUAGGCCUAGGAAAGACGUACUUUCUGGUUGUAAAAACACCAGGACACUCUCACCUUCUCCUAGAAGCCAUCCCACAUGCUUCUCUUCAUGUCACCUGAAGCAUUUGAUGUUGUUCAUGAAGGCACCAGAUAAUUUCAGGGAAUCAGGGUCUUGGAAAAUAUCAAGCUUUUAGGAGUGUGCUUCUUGCCAUCUCACUAAUGAAAGGCCUGUCCCUCCCUUGUUGAUCACAAGAAAUGAGAGCUACGUGGUAAGACUCCCAGGCUGCCACAGAACGCUUUCCUCCACACUACCCUGUAUGUACCACAGGGGUGAGGCGCGAGGGCCUUCCCAGAGUUAGAGAGGUCCACAGAGCCGGCAGCCCAGUUUUGGAUGGAGGGUCCAGGCUGUAUUAGUAUACCGUGCGCUGACGUGUGGCUCGGGCCUCGCAUCCGCAGCUGCCUGCCACUCUUCCGUUAGUUCUCCCUGCAGCCGCUGUGCCCAUCCAUUCUGCAUUGCCUCCUGUCGUUCACUCCCUUUGCAUGCUGUGUUUGUUGGAACCAAGGAUAGCACCUGCUCAGUCUGCCUCCGGAGCUUCUGCUAGCUUCAUGAUAGGAUGCCGCAUGGGACAAAGCCGGGUGCCGGGCGGGUGGGCGGGCAGGUGGAGGGCAGUGUUCUCAGACCUCUAUUCUUUCUGUGCUCUGGUCCACAAGCAGGAGGAGGCGGGGCCAUGCUAGGCUGGGGGCCCACUUCCCACGCAGCAGCCUUUCAUUCUGCAGAACCAUCCAUCCUUCCUUUCCCUUUGCCCAUUUUCCACCUUCCCUUCCUGCUGCCUCAGGGCAGGACUGAAGAGCUGGAAGAAAGCAGUCAGUGUACCCCCCCAACGUCCCCCGAAGGUCUCCACUCUUCUGGGCUUCCCUAUGCCUAGUGCAGGGGUGUCACCGCUGGAGAAGAACCAACACUGUCCUCAGUGUGUCCCAAGCCUGGAGUGUGUUUUCCUGUGGCCCACCCAGCCCCGGCACGGGAAUUAUUUCCUGGAUUUCUGUCCCUCUAAGGCUUAGGUGUAGUUGUAUUCGUUCUUCUGGGGGGUGUUAGUCCUUCUCCUUUCUAUCUCCCCUCACCCUGAACCCCCUUCUGUGUCUGCAGUCUUCUUUCCCUCCCACCACGUGUGCAUGAGCAAAUAUGCAGCUAACCCUGGGACUUUGCAGUCAGUUGAAGCCAAGCUUCCCACAUCUCCUCUUUGUUUGCCAUGAGAUGAUGUGGGGCUUCCAUCAUGUCUGUCAUUACCUCUGUCUCCUUCCUAACCCAGUCUCACAGUUUAUGUAUAGUAGUGAGAGUUGUACUUCCACCAAAGGCAUGUGACGUAUUUACCAAACUCAUGUAUUCUCAACAAAGGCGAAAAAUACAAAUUCCUACCACAACGUCGACUUGAUUGUUGCUUGGGCUGUGCUGGGGAGGGGGAGAAGAAGGUGGUGUCCUAUGUUGGCUCUAGGCCAGAAGGGCUUAUGUGUGUAUUCUUUGGUCUUCCUGGAGAUUAAAGUCCCUGUGCUGGCAGCGGAA